AUGACGGACGAUAGAGGCCGGUCGCAGGAAAACGGCCCCAUGGGGUCGCGAUCCAGCUCCGAAGGCGACGAAUGGGUGAAGCAGCUGAGCGGCUUAUGCGGUCCCGGCGCAGGACUGCGACAUGUGGACAUUCCGAUGGCCGAGAUCGACUCCAUGUUCGACUCGAUCUUUGCGCCAGCCGACGAACCCGUGGGAAAGGCCCUGUCGCCUCAUGCGCGCAAUCCCAUUCGACUCUACGGCAGCAACGAGGACAUUCUGGACGCCUACUACAUCUUCAUCCACCCAUACUUCCCCAUCCUGCCCCCGCCAGUACGGCUCCCAGUAUGCAGCCGGCCGCAGCCGCGGCGAGUGUCCCCCUUCUACCCGUCCAACGGGCUGGGGCUGGCCAUUGCAGCGAUUCUGGUGCUCAUCCCGCACCCCGACGAGAACGACGCCCAACGCGCAGAAUACGUCCGGGUCCGCCGCGACUUUGCCCACUGCUUUGCGAAGUCGGCCCUCGAGGCGAUUGAGAGCGAAUACGAGCCGCUGCGCGCCUGCGAGGACCCGAGUAACCCCUCCGCCGAGGGCGUGCGCGUCUUCGACCGCGAGCCGUUCCAUCCCAAGGUGCCCCCGAGCAUCGAGGGCGUUAUCGCCCUCUCCAUCCUGAGUGUGUACGAAUACGCGCAACGCGGCAACAUGAACGAAAUGCUGCACCGGGCGAAUCAGGCCCUGGCGCUGGCCAUGAGUCUCUCCCUGCAUGAGACCAUGGACGAGGACGAGUUUGCGGAGGCGCGCCGACGGACGUGGUGGAUGACGGGCUGGAAACUCCUGGUGGAAGCGCAGCAGGCCAUCCUCGAAUCCGCCACGUUCGCGCGCGACCUCGACGACACGAUCAAAACGCAGGCCGACCCGGCGUGGAUCUCGCCGCGCAUGGUCGCGCUCGACAGCCAGAUUGCGUCGCUGCUGCUGGCCUGCCGCGAAGCGCCGCCGGUGUCCCAGAUGGCGCCGUCCAGCGGCUCCCCCGAAUACGUGGCGUCGACGACAAUGCGGGCGUUUGCCGAGAUCAAGUUACACACUGCUCGAAUCAAAAUCCACCGCCUGUGCGCCUUCCAGGACCUCACCAACGCCCCGACCAGCCAGACCUGCGCCCGCGACCGCCCCGUCCCCCCGCCGAUCGACGUGCGCGCCCCCAGCAGCCCGUCCGACAUUAACCUGGACCCGAUGCCGGCGCCGGACGUCAGCGUGCCGUCCGGCGUGCGCGGGCUGCGCUUCCCCUUCGCCGCGGACGUCUCGUCCAAGAUCUGCCUGCACGCCGCCCUCAACACGGUCACGCUGCUGGACAACCUGCCGUACCCGAACCCGGCGCACGAGACGGCGCGCCGCGCGCAGACCGCCCGGCUGGAGCUGCCGCGCACGAUGCCCACCCUGGUCUGCUGCGCGACGCAGGCGGGCUAUGCGCUGCUGAUGCUGUGUCUUAAAGCGCGGGGGUUCCAGGAGACCGAGGCCGGUGUGGACGGGCUGCGCGCGCCGUCCUUGGCGGAAUUUCGCAGCGACGUGCAGCAGAGCCUGCGGUUGGUGGUGAAGCUCGUUGGCAACUAUGCUCUGGCAUUCGAGGCGCUGCAGGGGAUACGAGAUGAGCUUGCGCAGGCGAUCGACCGAGAGUUUUCCGAGUAG